AUAAAAAUAUAAAUAUAACCUAUAGAUACACACAUAUAUAUAUGCACCUGUAUAUAUAUAUAUAUAUAUAUGUGCGCUAAGUUCUUCCUUCUCCAGCUUGCACAAGAUCAGUCGGAGCGUCUCAGAAUAUGACAGUGGAGAUAAGAGUGCCAAACUUGGAUUGUGAAGGAUGUGCUUCCAAGUUGAAGAAGACUCUCCUCAAGCUCAAAGGAGUGGAAGAAGUAGAAGUGGAGAUGGAAACCCAGAAGAUAACCGCCAGGGGAUACCGGUUAGAGGAGAAGAAGGUGUUGAAAGCGGUACGGAGAACCGGUAAGGCUGCGGAACCGUGGCCGUACCGACCCGGUUACUCACAUUUUGCCUCUUUCUACAAAUACCCUUCUUACGUAACCGACCACUUUUACUCCGACGUUCACCGGAGCGAAUCCUCCGCCGGCGUUCACACCUUCUUCCACACUCCGGCGGUUUAUUCCGUUGCGGUGGCCGGCGACGAGGUCGCUGCUUCGCUUUUUAGCGAUGAUAAUCCUCAUGCUUGUACUAUUAUGUGAAUCGAUUUUUAAAAUUUUAUUUGUGUUUUUGUAAAAUGUAUGGAAAAAUAUUUCGUUAAAUGUUGGUUUUGUUCUAUAAUGAGAUAAUGAAAGUUUUGGAUGGUUUAAGAUGUUA